AUGGGAGGCGACGUCCUGGGCGGCGCCGCAAGGCCGCCUGACGCGCUACCGCCGGGCGCGCAGCCGUCCGACGCACUUUGGCCGCCAGUCGCGCGGCAGACCCCAUCACCUCCGCCGGUGAUCUCAGAGGAUAUCACCGGGGAUGAUGAGAUCCGGGUCAUGGCGGAUCAGUGGGUGCUUUGUUUCUCGGAUCCGAUCCGCGGAUGGAUCGAGGGACGGCUACAGCACUCUCCGUCAUCGCGCUGGACGUCACUUCAUGAUAUGGAUAACAACAUCCUUGCCGGCGACUACCUGGCGGCGGACGUUCAGAUCGAGGUAGGGAUGCGUUUUAUUUUAGUUGACUUCGAUGUCCAUGUGUUGUCUGUUUUGCAGGAGGUUCACAGAGAGGAGAUCGAAAUGAUCGAUUUGACGACGACGCACGAGGCGAUGCGGGAGGCGCCCGCGGCCAUUGCACAGGUACCCCACCUUCCGAGCGACCGGGGCGACCGGGCGACGCAACCGCCCGACCGGCGAGCGCCGGGACCAUGCACUCGGGGGUCGGUGGCUCGGGUCGGCGGCCGGUUUUGGGUGCUGGCCGGAGCCGACGAGGAUGAUGCGGACGGUGACGGUGACGAUCCGGACGCUUCUCCACCAACGCCGACCCCAUCCGACCUAGUCUGCGAAUUCUUCCAUGCGGGCUAUGAUGAGGACGAGGUGGCCUCGACGGUGGAUAGAGUGCUGCCAGUUGAAGAUCCGGCAAGGGUGGGGCUUCAUGCGGGAGAGAAGAAGGAGAUGGUCCGGCGAGUGGUUCACCGUCGAACGGCGGCGACGGCGGUCCGACCAUGGAAGGGUCCCCUUCCAAAGGUUAUCUUCCGAGCUACGGCGUUGAUCCGUUCAUGGUCAUUACUCACUCCGAUGAAGGCCAGGGAGCAUUUGGUUACUGGGUCUACCCGGUGGGAGAUGGUUGCUCGGGAUAUCUUCAACCGGUUUGGAUGGCGGUCAUGUAAUAGGAUAGGCAAUUAGUUUCCCUAUCUAUAUAGCCAGCCGGUUGUGGCUCCUUUAUUGGCUAGUUAGUGUUUCUAGCCUUCUGCGGUGUGGGCUGCUUUUUAUUGUUUUCAGUUAGAGACUAUGGUACUUUGUACGCACUUUUUGUUGCUUCAUUAAUAAGAUGGCUGUAUGCAUCACUCCUGAUGCAGAGGCCGGGGAGUCCCCCUUUUCCAAAAAAAGGGAGUAGUUAAAGGUUUAUUCUCUGUUGUAAUUCUCCUCUAUCUCCUCCUGUAAAUCUUCUUCCCAGUUACAACUGAAACCCCACUAUAUGCAGCUAUGGGAUAAGCCCCAUCCUAUCAAUAUAAGCCCAUGCAGGCUGCGGCCCUCUUUGGAGGGUGAGACG